AUGGAGAAGAGCACCAACAAGUCGUGUAGGAAUUCAUCGGGUGCAUUUCAAGUGGGAUGCAAUAUGGACAUUGAAGCCAUGAUGUCAGAGGUUGAUACAAGAGAAGAAACCAAGGCAGCCAUGGAGAGCAGUGAGCCUCCAAGGCGUCUUGAGGGAAAAUAUGCUGCAAUAGUAGUCUGCUGGCUUCUUGGCAAUGGAUGUCUUUUCUCAUGGAACAGUAUGCUGACUAUAGAAGAUUACUAUGUUUUCUUGUUUCCGAAAUACCACCCAUCGAGGGUGCUUACGCUUGUAUAUCAGCCAUUUGCAGUUGGAACACUAGCAAUACUGGCUUACAAAGAGGACAAAAUCAAUACAAGGAUAAGAAACCUAUUUGGAUAUACUCUUUUCUUCAUAAGCGCUUUGUCGGUGUUAAUUUUGGAUUUAGCAACAUCAGGUAAAGGAGGACUUGGAACUUUUAUUGGUAUAUGCGUAGUUAGUGGUGCAUUUGGAAUAGCAGAUGCUCAUACACAAGGUGGAAUGGUGGGAGACCUGUCCUACAUGCUUCCAGAAUUCAUUCAGUCUUUCCUUGCUGGUGCAGCUGCAUCAGGUGCACUAACAUCUGCUUUGAGGUUGAUAACAAAAGCAGCAUUUGCCAAUUCUAAGAACGGUCUUCAUAAAGGAGCCAUUAUGUUCUUUGCCAUAUCAACAUUCUUUGAGCUUCUUUGUGUUCUUCUAUAUGCAUUUGUCUUUCCUAAAUUACCAAUUGUGAAGUACUUCCGUGCAAAAGCAGCAUCUGAAGGAUCCAAAACUGUUUCAUCUGACCUUGCCGCAGGUGGCAUUCAGACCUCCUCUGGAAGAGUCAACGAAGAUGACAAACAAUUUGAGCGCAAAGGAAAUAAGCAACUGUUUAUGGAAAACAUUGAUUAUGCACUUGAUUUGUUCCUAAUAUAUGCACUUACUCUGUCAAUUUUCCCUGGAUUCUUAUCAGAAGAUACCGGAUCACACAGCUUGGGCACAUGGUAUGCUCUCGUGUUAAUUGCUAUGUACAAUGUGUGUGAUCUGAUUGGAAGAUACAUUCCACUCUCGAAAACCCUCAAGUUGGAGUCCCGAAAAAUGCUCACCACAGUCAUUGUUAGUCGCCUUUUGUUUGUGCCAGCAUUUUAUUUUACUGCAAAGUAUGGCACACAGGGCUGGAUGAUCAUGUUGACAUCUUUUCUGGGGUUAUCCAAUGGUUACCUCACUGUCUGUGUUCUCACUUCAGCACCCAAAGGUUACAAGGGACCAGAACAAAAUGCCUUGGGAAACUUGUUGGUGCUGUUUCUUCUUGGAGGUAUUUUUGCAGGAGUAACACUUGACUGGUUAUGGUUAAUAGGGAAAGGGUGGUGA